GCAACCACACGAAUGGAGAGUGCGUGUGCAACCCCGGCUACACGGGCAAAAUGUGCGAUGACGUCUGUUCCAAACAUCGCUUUGGAAACCAAUGCCAAGAGAUCUGCACCUGCAAGAACGGCGGCGAAUGUCACCACAUCACAGUCGUUCAGGAGAGGUUCCACUUAUCUGAACGACAAAGGAAUUCGCAGGAGAAUGCAAUUGCUUGGAUGGCUGGAGAGGAGCGCAGUGCGAGGAGCCUUGCCCGGAAGGAACUUCCGGCUUCGAUUGUCGUCAGAAUUGCAGCUGCGGAGGGCGGUGCAACGUGACGGAUGGGGAAUGCGAGUGCCUUCCUGGGUGGAUGGGGCAGAGCUGCCGGGA